AGUGAUCAGGAACUCUUUCGGCCAUUUGUACUUAUAUUAUAAACCGUCUACCCCCCCAAGUCUACGUCAUUUGUCGUAGAUAAAUACUAUUUAUCACCUAAUAUCUUGGAAAUAUGAGCGGUUUAGCGGACGAGCUCCUUGCCGACCUCGAUGGACUCUCAGACAAUGGUGAAGACUUCGAGGAGACAGAGAAUUCCCCCGCACCACCAACGUCUACCCCCGCUCCUCCAUCCAAUGGUCUGAAACGAAAAGCAUCUGAUGAGGCGGAAAUGUCUGAAGACGAGGGCGAGGGUGAAGGCGAAGGUGAAGCAAAUGCGGAAGCAGAGCAGGGAGGGUUAGUGCUCGAAGGAGGAGUGAAGCCUGCAGACGAACUGGACGUGGAAGAUGUACAGCAGAUGGAUUUGGGUAGUAUUGAGGAUGUAGGCUCUAUUGCGAAACUAGAUGGUAGCAAGCGGAUGGGGGAUACUCUGAAGGAAAUAGAAAAAUUCCAGGCAAACCCAAGUUCUGCAGAAGCAAUAUCAUUACCUGCUCAUAUGAAUCCGGAGUACAACUUGAUUGUGCAGGCGAAUAACCUUUCUGUGGAUGUCGAUAAUGAAAUAUUGGUGGUGCACAAGUUUAUUCGUGAUCACUAUGCCCCCAAGUUUCCCGAACUUGAACAGCUCGUCGCAGAUCCCGCUAUGUACAUCCGUUCCGUUCGAGUCCUUGCGAAUAACGAGGAUCCUACGAAAGUAGACCUUGCUGGAAUCCUACCUGCUGCCGUCAUCAUGAGUGUCCUUGUCACUGCCACUACAACGUCUGGACAAACACUAUCAGAUGCUCAAUGGACUGCCGUACAACGGGCAUGCGAUCUCGCCGACCGCCUUGAGGAAGCACGUAAAAAGAUAUUCAUGUACGUCAGCUCGAGAAUGAAUGUUCUCGCACCCAACCUAUCAGCUAUUGUUGGUACCACUACAGCUGCCAAGCUACUCGGUGUUGCAGGCGGUCUAGGCGCACUCGCAAAAAUGCCAUCAUGUAAUGUCCAUCUCCUUGGUGCACAAAAAAAGAUCGCUCUUGGAUUCUCGUCUGCAACGCAGCGACGGCACACAGGUUUCGUCUUCCAGUCUGACCUCAUACAGUCAACACCACCAGAAUAUCAGUUAAAGGUUCAACGUACGGUUGGCGCGAAGUGUGUUUUGGCAGCUCGCAUGGACUUGGAACGCACACGGAGAAACGGUGCUUACGGCGACGAGUUGAGAGAGAAGAUCGAGAAACACAUUGAUCGUCUAGCUGCUCCUCCCCCUGCAAAGGUAAUCAAGGCCCUUCCUGUGCCAAACGACGGACCCAAGAAACGACGAGGUGGUAAACGUGCCCGCAAAGCCAAAGAAGCCUACGCUCAGACCGAACUACGCAAACUACAGAAUCGCAUGGCGUUCGGUGAGGUUGAGGAAGAAGUUGGUGCCUUUGACCAGACAAAGGGGCUUGGAAUGAUUGGCGCUGGUACAGGAAAAGUGCGUGCGGGGAUGGGCGAAGCGAAAAGUCGCGCCAAGUUGUCGAAAGCGAACAAGCUUCGGACAGCGGCGCUUACGCGUGCGGCUCAGGCAGGUGGCACACAAACAUCGGGUACAGCGACAUCGCUCACUGUCACCCCUGUGCAAGGUUUCGAGCUGACAAACCGUGCGGCCGCUGCAGCACAAGUGAAGGAGGCAAACGAACGAUGGUUUGCGGCAGGAAGCUUUUCAUUUAUUGGACAAAAAGGUUCUACCGGUUAACUCAUGCUUUCUUCGUCGUACUACUGCAUAUAUUGUGAUAUUCGUAUGUUUUCAUUGUCCAAUGACUAAUCAUUAUCAAUAUGAUUGCAACAUGGUAAUACAGCGGAUGUUACUCCUGCUAGUGAUGUUUUGGUUAUAGAGUAAAAUGCGAUAAGUAUAUAUGAUGGAAAACGCAUGCAGAGCCCUGGAUGAAUGACGGAAAGGAGGCAAAUGGACAAUCUAACGCCAUAUCGCUUGAUUACUGCCCUGGAUGAGCAGUAGCUACCGUUUCGCCGGUGACAGCACUCUGUGAUACGUCAAUGAACCCAGCUUGCUUAGGAUCAGCCAUCUGACUCCGCUUCGACCGAUAAUCCCGAAUGGCGGAACGGAUAGCAUCUUCCGCAAGCACUGAUUUUACGGGUGGCAGACACAGUUCCUUUGCUAUCUCGGUG